GUUUUUCGAUCUAUUUUUGACGCUUUGGUCCGUCACCUCCGACAUCAUCGUGUUCCUCUCUUCGUCAGUUUUCCAACGCUGCCAAGAUCGCCGCCAUCAGCCACCAGACGCGCCGUCACGCACCGCCGGAAUCUUGCUGCCCGCCUCCAUUGUUUCUCCUUUAAAAGGUUCAGCUGCCGUUGGAUCUCAGCUCCAAUCGGACGAUUCUCGUGCUCCCACGUGUUAGCGACGCGAGCCCUCCUCGCCCUCUAGCCUUUCAGCAGCCAUUGAUCUUGGUGCAGAUCUAACACUCCUGGUGCUGCCACGUGGUCGUAACGAAGCUAUUCUUGGCCGACCCGCGAACGCAUGACCCAACCCGCGUUUGACCCGCGCGUCCACCUCGCUGCCAGCAUGUCUCUCUCCCUCCUUUCAGGUGCCGUCACGCGUCAUUGUUCGCUGACGUGCCUGCUGACGUGGCGGACAAGUGGGACCUUCCCUAAGAUUUUUUGGUGAGCUCUUUUCAAUUUCGCGCUCUGUUUUUCCGUUUUCUGCCUCGAAUUUGCAGUUUUUUUCUUUCCUUUGCUAUUUCUUCUAUUACUAUGGAAAAAUUAGAUGUUUUUUAGCCUAUUCCUGUUAUUUUUAUUGGCUCCAACUAUGCACAUUGAGUUGAAACUAUGCGAAGAUUUUUUAAAGGACGUAAAUUAUGGGGAUAUAUAACUUGUGAUAUUGCGUGUCCUGUUAAGCCAAUUGUGACUGAUAAUUCUAAAGAUGGUGCCUCCAAAUCCAAAGAAAAUACUAAGAAGGAAAAUGACUAUGUAGAUAAAUUGGAAUUUAUGACAUUGAAAUUAUUUUAGAAGUCCAAAAUAUCAUCUCUUCUCAAAAGCUAUUUUGUGAGAAAAUAAAAUCUUUGUAAGAUUAGAAGCAUUUUGCACUCUCCAACAAUGUCUGUCGCCGGCACCGGCGGAGUUUCAAAAUCUUACAAUCGUCUCCAGCAACUGAAGUCCUUCGAUGAAUCCAAAGCUGGCGUCAAGGGCCUCGUUGACUCUGGCAUCACCAAACUCCCACAAAUCUUCAUCCGCCCUCCGGAAGAACUCGCCGCCGACAACCAGACUCCGUCCCAGUUCACGAUUCCGGUCAUCGACCUCAAGGGUGUCUCCGGAGACCGUUCCAAAGUGGUUGCCGCAGUUCGAGAGGCCGCGGAGACGGUGGGGCUGUUCCAAGUGGUAAAUCAUGGGGUGCCAUUGAAGGUGCUGGAAGAAACGCUGACUGCGGCGCGUCAGUUCCACGAGUUGCCACAGGAGGUGAAGGGAGAGUAUUACACGAGGGAUAAGAUGAAGAAGGUGAAGUAUGGUAGCAACUUUGAUUUGUAUCGAACGAGAUAUGCUAAUUGGAGAGACACACUGUUGUGUGUUAUGGGUCCUGAUCCUCUUCAUCCUCAGGAAUUGCAUUUGGUUUGUAGGGAUGCAAUAAUGGAGUACUCAAGGCAGAUAAAGGUAUUGGGGAGCCUUUUAUUUGGAUUGUUAUCAGAAGCACUUGGACUGAACCCUGAAUAUCUUGAAAGCAUAGAUUGUGCAAAAGGGCAUUCAAUUCUGUGUCACUAUUAUCCACCAUGUCCUCAGCCUGAACUCACUCUUGGCACUACCAAACACUCAGAUCCUGGCUUUCUCACAAUUCUGCUCCAAGAUCACAUUGGUGGCCUACAAGUUUUGUGGCAAAAUCAGUGGAUCAAUGUUCCCCCUGUUCAUGCUGCUUUGGUAGUUAACAUUGGAGAUAUGCUACAACUGAUAUCUAAUGACAAAUUGAAAAGCGUGGAGCACCGUGUUGUGGCAAACCAUAGAGGGCCAAGGGUAUCAGUUGCAUGCUUCUUCACUCUUGAUAACCCAUCACAAAGAAUAUAUGGCCCCAUCAAGGAGUUACUUUCACAAGAUAACCCCCCUCUGUAUAGGGAUACAUUGUUACAAGAUUUUAAUGCUUAUUACUAUAACAAGGGACUUGGUGGCAAUUCUGCUCUUUAUCAUUUUUUGUUGCAAAGGUAAAAAAAGGAUAUCACAAAAUAUGGUUUUAAAGAACAUAAUAUAGGGCUCAAACACUUGCUAUAUCAACACAUCAUAUUCACAUUUCUAAAGCUACUUAGAGAUUAAUGUAUGUUGUCCAGAGUAGUAUACUUGUUAGAAAUAGCAAUGUUCAUCACUCAUGAUCAUUCUAUCUCCAGUCUCCAUCAACAAGAAUCUAUGCCCCCAUAAGGGAGCUAUUGUCUCAAGAUAAUCCUUCUCUCUUAAUGGGGAAACAUUAUUGCAGGAUUACAGAGCAUACUUUUAUGACAAAGCACUUGAUGGAAAUUCAGCUCUUUACCAUUUUCAGUUACACAGAUAGAUAUUAAGCAUCAUGCACCUGCAUCUGAAUGAUAUUAAGCACUGGUCUUGUUUUCAUUAUAUUAUAGUUAUACUAUAUUUUGUUUUAAAAAAAAUGUCUCCUGAAUAAGCAUAUAUAUUAUUACCAUAAUGCUAUUGAAUGAUAUUAAUAGAUCAUAAGUUUGAGUGUGGCUUUCUAAUGCUGCAAACAUCUGCUCUGAAGAAUUUUUGGCAAUUGAUAUCAAACAAAAUCAAGAACUUGUAAACUUA